AACUUCCAAGCCGCAAACAGAGACAAAAGGCGUGCGGUGCGAAGAAACUUCGCGAGUCCGGUUCGUUCACCGUUGGUGGAAUUAUUUUUCAGGAUCAGUGCCUAAUAUCGUGCUUUUCAGUAGUAAAAAUAGCAUUCUAAGUAAUCCUGUUUCAUUGCAGAAACCGAUACAGUAAUUUUGUGGUUUUUCCGUGGAAAUUUAUGCCGUGGUGAUACAAUCUCACUGUUUGGUUGGUUCUCGUGGAAAACUUGUUCGCAACCGUCUCGUGCACUUGGGACGAUCACUUGCCCUCGAAAAUCUGCCAGUCCUGCCAACUACGCCUCCAAGACGCCUUCAAUUUCAUAAUGGAAUGCUGCGAUAACAGCGUGUUGCUCGAGUCGUUUAAAAGGGAAGCCCUAGAGCAUUUCUUUAGAGCAAAUCGGAUAGAGGUGAAGGAACUGCUGAACGACGACGAUGAGGGGUCCGAACUGGGAGAAUCUCACAGCACUCUGCAACCUAACGCGGUCGGAGGAGGUGCCAAAGAAAUACUUCAAAUCGAACGUCUGGAAACGCCGAACGAUAACUUCAUGAUAUUCGAAAUCGGCGAAGACUUUGAAAUGCAACAGCAGCAGCAAAUGAAAGUCGAGCCACCGGAAGAGCUCGUAACGGCACAUGAUGAAUCGACUGGUGAAGAGAUUGAAACCAAUGCCGUGGACUUCAUUCUGAACAACCUGAAGCCGAGGGAGAGAAAACGAAACAGCGCUACGGGAUCAAAACGAAAAGCUGCAUCGGAUAAGGCCUACAAGUGCGAGGUGUGCGGCAAAAGGUUCCAACGCAAGUCCAACUUGGUCGACCAUCUACGAUUGCAUGCCAACGUGAAGCUUUUCUCGUGCAGCUACUGCAGUGCAUCCUUCGUUCAGGCCGGUAACUUGAAGAGUCACAUCCGUCGACACACCAUGGAGAAACCUUACAAGUGCGAGUAUUGUGGAAAGUGCUACACUCAGUCGAGUGCCCUCAAAACUCAUGUCAGAUCUCACACAAACGAGCGGCACUAUGUGUGCGACGUAUGCCAGAAAGGGUUCACUAACAGCUCCGAUAUGAACAAGCACAAAAUGACCCAUUCGGAUGUGCGCUUCUACCAGUGCGUUGUGUGCGUCAAGCGGUACUUCACGCAGAAGGUACACCUGAAGAAGCAUCUAAGCACGUACCAUCAGGAUGGUGAUUUUGACGAGCUACUGCAGCAGGGCACCCUGAAGGAAGGCGUGAAUGUUGCGGUUAAACCUAAAAAGCAGGUCGUAUCGCAAGCUAUCGAUGCGUGAAGUGUAUGCACAAGAUAAUCUUAAGAUGAAGGCUCUUUUUGUACAGAAAUAUAACCACUGAAGUACUGUGAACUGAACUAC